UCUUUCCCUCUCUUCCCCUCUAACAUAUCACAGGUAUCCAAUACUACCUACCUACAAAAACUUCAUCAAUACUCCAUCUUCUCUUUCACUCCAACAUCCCCCGUACAGUUUCUACACAACUUCUUUCAAUAACCUCAUUUACAACGGCACUGUACAAUACACAUCAACAGUAGAAAAUACUACAUAAGAAUAUCAAUCGUUCUUCGCCCAACUAUCAUUUUCAUACCACCAAAGAAGAAAGUUGCUUUGUCAUAUCAAAAAGACAUCGUCAUCGUACCAAAAAGAAGUUUGCCAACCUACCCAUCUACCUACCUGCUCUUCUACCCGUUUGGAUAAUUUGAAAUACAUACCUACCUGGGUAGAUUCUGUUGAUCGAAAUCAUUCAAAAGGGAAUAUAGAUUACCUUCACAGGGACGAUUACAAUAUACGCAAUCACGUCACGUCACAUCACACCUACAAUCAGAUUAUCAUACCUACCACGCCUACAUAAACAUUGUUAUUGAAAAGAGAAGAGAUAGGAAGAAAAAGGACAAACACCGUGGAUUCCGCAUAAAACUUCCGCGUCUCCCCUCCUCCUCCUCCUCGUCGUCCUCUCCUUCUCGUCCUCUAUCCCUCUAUCCCUCGAUCCCUCGACCUCUUCAUCUCCUUCAUUCCAACGAAAGAGGAAACGGUCAAAUUUAUACAUCCAUACAUCCAUACAAGCUACACCCUCAUUCUCACUCAUUCAUCCUGCCGCUAAUUAAUCAAACAUCUGGAACUUCAAACUUCAUUUCGCCCUUCAUUUGCUUUUCGAUUCAAACCCCCACAACUUACAAAUCCACAUUAUUAUCGACUCCUGAACAAUUUCAAUCCUCGGUUCCCUACUUAUACUUUGCAGAUUUGACAAGGAAUUUGGUAGAGGACCACAAUUACUAAAUUGGAAGAUCGUCAAGCAGUCGGAAUCGAAUCCACAACUUGACACAAAUUCCUCGAAUCAAAUUCGGUUCUGAAUUCAAUUUGAGCAGAGGGUAUCAAGGGAGACGAACGGGGAUAUAAGAUUACGAUUGUACAUCAAGCAUUUUCGCAUCUCACAUCCUGUCCCAUCGCUAUCCACAUUUCUUUCCCUCCCCCUCCUAUCCCUUCCUUACCAUCUUUGAGGUUCCCCAAAGGAUUUUAAUUUGUUUGAUUGCGAGCAAUUAAUCCUGAGACUUAAAGUGAAAGGACCAAGGAAAAGAAGAGAGGACGACACGACGCCUUUCUCGAGCUUAAGGGGGAACGGAAUAUCAGAUCAAUCAAUAUUGACAUUAGUAUUGAUAUUGGUAUCCAAUCGAUUUUACACGUCUCAAACACAAAUUUACACACCACAGAGGUGGUGAGUGCUUGCUUAGGCCUCGGUCGGUAAGGAAUUCACCGUUUAUCCUGACACGGACCAAAAUCGAUCGGUCUGUUCUCUUUUACCUUGCUCACCCGGGCGGUUUCCUCUUGAUUCAAUUACAGUACGAUAUAGUACAGUACUCGUGUACAAGUUGCUCUAAACGCGGGAGAGCUAGAGGAACCAACAAGAUUCAUCAAACCCAUCUCAUCCCAAUCUCCAAGAAACGGAUUCACUCUUCCAAAUCAGUCAACCUCCUACUACCUUACGCACAACCAGUCAUCGUCAUCCAUCACCCACAUACUUCUUGUUUUCCCUGGACUAGAAAGAAACCUAUCAAACUUUCAAACAUCCCUCAAAAAGAGGAACGAACGAAUAAGAAAACUUUAUUUGCCUUCUACACCAAUACAACGACGUCAAAUUGAAAAAUAAACCGGAUCACAUUCCCCUGAUUCCUUUAAUCAACGCAUCACAACUUAUUACAGUGAUUAAUUCUGGGAUCUGUGUCGUCAUCACAAUCAUUGCCACAAUGUCGUUAAGCUCUAUCCAACCAGACUUUGAUGGCAAUCGAUCGCCUGGACUUUCAGCCAAUCUAUCAUCCAACAACCCCUUUAGGAAUCGAGCCGUGUCUCCAGCUAUGCCUUCUUCUACCCAGCGUUCCCCCCGAGUACCUCCUCCAAGACCUCUAUCACGAAAUCCAUUUCUCGAUUCUUCAACUACGAAUCAAACAUCAUCAAGCACCAUGGCAUUUUCUCGAACAAGUCCGACUUCAUCAGGGCCAGCUCUAACAGGAAACGCAGCGGAUUUAUUUGACGAACUCACAAUCGGAGAUAAACCCGUUCCGAACAGAAAUAACAAACCGGGGAUGGUGCGCUCAAACACAGGCACGACCCGACCACAGGCAGAGAACAUCCCUCCGGGAAGGCCAUCGGGACAUAGACCAAUGAGGUCACAGGAAGAGGCAAUGCGUGCGAGAAGAGCAGCUGGAAAGCCAUCUUCAAGCAGCAGGCCACGCGAAGAAGAAUUAGAUAUUUUUGCCGACCCCAACGAUAGCCCAAGACAAAGAACAAGACGCAACUCCGACACAUCUAUCAUGGAACGAAAACCCAAAUUACUUGAUCCAGAAGAUCAACGUAGACGCUUAGAGAAAGAAAAGAGACAUCGUGAUCGUAAGCGCGCUGCAGAAAAGACCAAGAAGAAGGCACCUCUCGAUGUUAUUGAUCAACUAGACGCCACCAGCAUUUUCGGAAUUGGCACAUUCCAUCAUGAUGGGCCAUUUGAUGCCUGCAACCCAGACCGUAAUCGAGCAGGAAGUCGUCGUGCACCAAUGCAAGCCUUCGCUAAAGAUUCAGCCAACAAUUCUCUUGGUGGUGGAGGACCUCUGAACAAGAAACCUGAUCAUGCAACUUUUAUGGGCAAUAAUGACGCAGAAGCACAUCUUGAUUAUUCCCGUGGGGGAGAUAAAGUCGAUAAUUUUGAACCUUAUACUCAUCGCCCGGGAAUGCCUAGCCGCACAGAAUCUGCCAUUGAAAGUGCAACUACACGUGUUGAGCCAGUUCAUGGUGAAGAAUCCAUGGGCCUGGGAACCUCUACUUUCCUUGAAGGUGCUCCAGCCUCUCGUUCGGCUGUUCAAAAGAACCAGAAUGAGCAAUUUGGUAUGGAUGGCGGGCUAUCUCGAAAGAAGUCAUUGGCACAGAAGAUCCGCGGCAUCAAUAGCCGGCGCGAUUACGGACCUUCUGGUAGAAUGACUAGCCCAGAAGGCAUGUACAACGCCACUUCUCCAGACGGAUACACUCCCGUUGGAAGUAGGACAAAUGAAGCCAACCCAUUUUUCAAUGAAUUUGGCAAGGGCGACGAUACUAUCAAGGAGGAAACAGUCACAUUUGCUGAACUGCCACCAAGACCCGGUCGCUCUCGUGCACCUUCUAACCCCCCAGGAAUCGAAAGGCGUGUCACUAGCGAUAGCAUCGGGGAUUCUUCCAGACCUCCCGUGUCCAAUGGUGGAGGAGGGUUCUUGUCUAGAGUUAAGAGUUUGAAGGGAGGGCCACGAAAGCCAAGGGUUGAGAAUAAGCCAUUGCCAACACCAACACCUCAGCUACUUUGAAUUAGCAAUCGACAUCAAGUUCGUCGUUCGUCUCUUUAUUACACUCUAGAUAAUAAGGACCUAGACGCCUGCGUCUGAUUUAACAAUCAUCGAGCACGCAUAAUUACCACAUUUCGUUCUCCUUUCCCUGCACUGCUAUUACCCUUCAUGUGGUAUAUCACUCUUGCCUAACAUCCCCGAGUUUGGAUAUGGUACUCUGCGUGAACUUUCGGACUAAAGACCUUUUCAUAUUUUUUCACUUGAGCUUCGACUUUGGUUCUUACAUCAUGAAGAAUCUUUCUUUUUUUGAAUUAUUUUGAGGGGCCGAAUGGCCCACAAAUUGUUAUUUGAUUUCAUAGGCGUAUGGGAGUACACAUGAACAACCCCGUAGCUCGACGAGGUUGGGGGCGACGAGGAAGAUAGGAAAUCUUUUUUAAUGCCAGUGAGAUUUGAGGACUGGAAAGGGUUUUGAGAAACACGGUUAGGGUUAGUGACUGGAUUGAAUGGACUCAGAUGUGCCUCUUCUUGUGAAUUUGGUUAGAGGUUAGACGGUCUUGAGGAAAGAGACAGUUGUUGGAUUGAAAUCGGGUACGAGAGUAAUGUAGACUCUAUGAUCAAAGGUUAAGGGGCGGAUAAGAGCGGCAGGGGUAGGAUUGUUGGGUAGAAAGGAGAAACCUAGUAGUAGAUGACAAUGCACACGUACACUCAAUAAAUUGAAUUGAUUGGCAA